AAUGCCCUUCACGCCAGACCACGACCUCGACCUCCUCUUCCCCACCGAACACAUCCCCGCCGACGUCAGGAAGCAGCUGCCCCCAGAGCUCCACAUCCGCCCCCUCGCCUCGUCCGACUACGCCCGCGGCCACCUCGCCAUCCUCUCCGUCCUCACCGUCGUCACAGACCCCGGCGAGGCCGCCUGGCGCGCCCAGUUCGACGCCCUCCGCGCCGCCCCGCGCACGUACUACCCCAUCGUCAUCGUCGACCGGACGUCCGACCGCAUCGUCGCCGUCGGCACCGUCUUCGUCGAGCGCAAGUUCCUCCGUGGCCUCGGCGCCGUCGGCCACAUCGAGGACAUCGCCGUCGACAAGGGCCAGCAGGGCAAGAAGCUCGGCCUCCGCGUCAUCCAGGCGCUCACCGCCAUCAGCGAGAACAGCGGCUGCUACAAGACGAUCCUCAACUGCAGCGAUAGCAAUAUACGUAAGUCGCCGUCGCCGUCGUGAUCUGCGCCUGUCGCCUCGCCUCGUGCGUGGAAAUGGGGGAUGGGGCGGUAUGUGCUGACUCGCGCUUGCCCGUUUGCAGC